CCUAACCUAUCAAAGAAAUCAAAUUUCAUUUCUUUACCUCGUAAAUAUUUAAAGAAAUAUUUAUAUUUAUAAAUAAUGGAAACCGUACGUCCAUGUGGUUGUAAAGGAAUACGAAGUUGCUUGAUUUGCGAAGAACAAUUUAAUAUAAAAAAAUUAAAUUUAAAAGAAAAAUUACAAGAAAAAUCAUCUUAUGUUUAUUGUCCGCAUUGCGAUAAAGCAUGGCCUGGAUGGGAUAUGGAAUUGUACAAACAACAUCCUCAUCACGAUGGACAAGCAAUAGAUUAUCCAGGUGUUUUUAUUCAACUGGAUUUUUUAAGUACAGAAGAAACAUCAACUUUAAUAAAGUUACUAGAUGAAUUACCAUGGGAACCAUCGCAAAGUGGUAGAAGAAAACAAAAUUUUGGUCCAAAAUGUAAUUUUAAGAAACGAAAAUUACGUUUAGGUACAUUCAAUGGAUUUCCUAAGACUACAGAAUUUAUACAAAAGAAAUUCAACGAAGUUCCAAUUCUAAAUAAUUUUCAAACGGUAGAACAAUGUACUCUUGAAUAUAAUCCAAAACGAGGAGCUUCUAUUGAUCCUCAUAUAGAUGAUUGUUGGAUAUGGGGAGAGCGUAUAGUCACGGUUAAUGUCUUAGGUGAUUCUGUAUUAACGAUGACACCAUAUACUAAAUCGAAUAAAUGUUACAAUCUAGAUUGCGUAGAAGAUUAUUCUUCCAAAGUUGAUAUGAAAGUAGAACAACCACAGGAAGACAUUGUAGUACGUUUACCUAUGCCAGCUAAAUCAUUAAUGGUUUUAUAUGGAAUUGCGAGAUAUAAUUGGGAGCAUUCAGUGCUUCGAGAAGAUGUAACAACAAGACGUGUUUGUCUUGCUUACAGAGAAUUAACACCGCCAUAUCUUAAAAAUGGUAAACACGAAAAAGAAGCAUCUGAAAUUCUUGAAAAAGCAAUCAAUUUUUGGUAACAUUUAAAUAUUAUUGAUAACAUAUUUGCAAAACAAUUUUAUUGUUGCGUUAUCACAGUUUCAUUUUAAAUAUCAUGCGAUAUGGAAUAUAGCAGCUAACAAAAGAGGCAUCAAAUAUAAAUUAUACAGUACGUGUCAAUUUUUAUUAUUUGAUUUUAUUUGUCUUUUUUGUUUCCUUACGAAUUAAUAGCAUGAUGGAGAAAAAAUUAAUUAAUAAGUUGUAGAAAAAAAUUUAUUCUCGAAUUAAGUACAAUAUAUCUUAUACAUGGAUGACACUGUCAAAAUUUAAUUAUUAUAAUAAUGAAAAAUACUUUUUCGUAACAGUUAUUAAAAAUUUUUU